ACCCUAAUCCACCAUCGAUCCCCCUCUCCCCUCCGCGCCCCCAGCGGCCCAGCCAGCCAGCCAGCCUCCAUGCCCGCCUGAUCUCCUCGGCCGCCGCUACCCGUCCGCCAUGGCCGCCUCCUCCUCCAAGCUCCUAAACCUCACCCUAAGCUCCACCUUCCUCCGCUCCUGCCGCCUCGCUUCUACCUCCAUCUUCCCCACCGCUUCCCGCCGCCACCCGGGGCCGCUCCUCUCCCUCCGCUUCUGCUCCGCCGCCCCCGCGGCCGUCGAUGUCGCCGCUGACCCCGCCGUGGCGGCUGUAUCCAGCGGCCACCCAUGGCCGGAGUGGGGCGAGUUCCUCGACAAGCUGCGGGCGAAGGGGUACUUCGAGCAAGUUCUUCCCGCAUCCGGCGUGAGCGCUGGCGAGGGCGCCGCCGGAGAUGGGGAGGCGGCUGCGUCUGAUAACGCGGCAGCGGCUGCUGCUGAUAACGGGGUGGUGAUUGCGGCUGAUAGCGCGGUGGCCUCGAAAGACACUUACCCUUUCAGGGACCUGAACAGGGUGAAGAACGCGUGCCUGAAAUUCGCGCGCGAUCGCUAUGAUCUCCUAAGUUCCCUUCCCAAGCAGGAUAUGCAAGCUAUUGUCAAGUGCGGCUGUCCUAAUACCAAUAGAAAGCCUGUCAAUUCUGCAAAAAGGCUGAGAGAGUUUCUGAAUGUUGAAGAAAAAGAUGCAUGCAAAGAUUGCAAAUUACAAAAAUCUUGUGAUAGAGCUUAUCUCACUCCAAAGGCAGAGAAUGAAGUUAGGACCACUGAUGUUAUGCGCAUACUUCUAGAUUAUGCAAUAGAUACAAAGAGCCUUUCAGGAGAGAACUCAGUUAAUGAAAGCGUGCAAGAAUCUGCAAGAAAGCUUCUCUCCGAGCUUAUUAUUCUUAGUGACACAACAAUUGAUCCAUCUCAUCCUAAACCGGUAUUUCAAACCUCUAGUAAGCAGCAGUCAUCCGACAAGAGCAAAGCCAUGGCUCGGGGCUCAGUUGAGAGGGGGAGAGAAACAACUCCAACUGAAAUGAAGAUGGGUGAUUGGCUGUGCACGAAUUGCAACUUCUUAAAUUUUGCUCGGAAUCGGCGCUGCCUGGAAUGCAAGGCAGAUGGACCGAAGAAGGUAGAAGCAGCCACAGCUGAAAUGAAAAAGGGUGACUGGAUCUGUACACAGUGUCACUUUAUGAACUUCUCUCGCAAUAAGAUAUGCUUUAAAUGUGAAGAACCUCGUCCGAAGAGGCAGCUCAAUCCUGGAGAGUGGGAGUGCCCCUCAUGCGACUUUCUUAACUUUGGACGCAACAGGGUCUGCAAGAAGUGCAACCUGGACCGCCCUGAGGAUGAUACCCAGAAUAGCCAGUUGGGACUGAGGAACACUAGAGGUGCCGGCAAGAGUAGAAGUUUUGACUAUAGUGAUCAGGACAGUGACAAUGAUGGCGAUGCCUCACGCUACAAAGGUUUCCGCAAGCACGCAGCAAGCAGAAAUAGAGGCUUUGGUGAUCUGGAGGAUGGUCUCACUGCCAAGACUAGAAGCUUCCAAGGAAGACGAGGAUGAUGACGUCUAGUCGUGCGCCAGCAUGUUGUGAGCAGGUCAACACCGGCUCGGAGGAGGUUCACAGCUGCCUGAAACCAGUGAGAACACCCGGCAGCUCGGAUCUUUGAUGUCUGUGCUUUGUAACAUAUUUCACGGGAUGCACUAGUUGGUAGAGGACUCGUGAAAUAAUAGGGUGCCAGGAACCUAGGAAAAAAAUUGACAGCAUCGUUCGCUCUGCUGAGGUGCAGACGAGGGACGCAAACAUGUUCUAUUUGUACCGUUAUUAUUAUACGGAUUAUUAGGGAAACAACAUCGGUGCAACUGGCUGUUGACAAGGA